CCCCACCAACACUCAGGCCUUGCCCACAGCAUCCAGCAUAUAUAACAGAGCUGGGAUUGAAGACUAAGAACACUCUCCUUUGAUUCUAGAUUGAUAUAUGUUUCUUUCAAGGUUAGCAGCUAGACAGACUCGAGUGCAAUCUUAUCUACCAAGACAAAUCGCCUACAGAAGUUUCUCAUCAACGAUCGCUAUUGGGAUGUCAAUGAACGACGACAUUUUGACCAAGGCAGUUUUGCCGGAUAAUGAAUUGAAAAAUGGGGAAAAAAAAGCCGUAGACUUCGGGGAAGGAAAAGUCCUCUUGUCUAAGAUCAAUGGCAGAGUCUAUGCCACCUCCGCUUUCUGUACACAUUACGGGGCACCUUUGGAAAAGGGUGUACUCUCUCAUGACGGACGAUUGGUAUGCCCUUGGCAUGGUGCUUGCUUCAACGUUUGUUCCGGAGAUGUGGAAGAUGCUCCAGGUCUUGACUCUCUAUGGUCAUUUUCAGCCAAUGUGAAAAAUGGCCAGAUCGAGGUCACCGCUUCUAAAAAGGAAGUCACAUCCAAAGUUGGAAGAAUCGUUGCCAGAAAGAGGACCAAAGAUCAAAUGCAAAAUCAAGGGCAAGUAUCUGAGGAGACGGUAGUAAUCGUUGGUGGGGGGUCGGGUGGUAUCCACACACUCGAGAGUUUGAGGAUGAACGGUUUCGGAGGAAAGAUUGUUUUGAUUUCUGCCGAAAAUUAUGCUCCUAUUGAUCGGACCAAAAUGUCCAAGUCAUUGUUAGACGACGUUGAGAAACUUCAAUGGCGCACGCCUGAUGAACUUCGGGACAGUUUUGGUGUCGACUUCCACCCUGGUACUACUGUUACCAAAGUAGACUUUGAGGCGCAAACUGUCACAGAUUCUUCUGGUGUACUAUACAAAUAUAAUCAUCUCGUUCUUUCUCCAGGUGGCCGUCCCAAGAAGAUUCCCAUCCCUGGAGCUGACCUUAAAGGUGUUGUGACACUCCGCCAUGUUGAGGAUACCAAGACUAUCACUUCGUCUAUCACCAAGGACUCCGACGUAGUGCUCAUCGGGACUAGCUUUAUCUCAAUGGAAGCUUCAGUCGCGGUGCUAAAGAAGGGACCUAAAAGCGUUACCCUAGUGGGAAUGGAUGACGUUCCAUUCCAAGGUCUGUUGGGGAAAGAAUUUGGCUCAGCCCUUAUGGAGAGUAUGAAAGAGCAAGGAAUCAAAUUUCGCAUGAGCGCCCAAAUUGAGAAAAUCACCGCCUCUGACUCGAACCCUGAUCAUGCGGGGAUGCUUCACGUCAAAGGAUCCGACCCCAUCCCGGCUAAUCUCAUAAUCAUGGGCACUGGUGUCUCCCCCGCCACUUCCUUCCUCGAAGGCAGCGUCAAACUUGAAGAGGAUGGCGGCGUCCUAGUUGAUGAGUACCUCCACCUCAAAGGAUAUAAAAAUGUAUAUGCCAUUGGUGAUAUCGCACACUAUAUUCAGUAUCCCGACAAGUUCCCGAGAAGGGUGGAGCAUUGGAAUGUUGCCAGUAACCACGGACGAGAGGUCGGCCACAAUAUUACCCACCCAGAUAAUCCAGUAAUCUACACCAAGGUUCCAAUUUUCUGGUCUUCGAUUGGCAAGGGUCUCCGAUACCUUGGGACUGGGGCAGGCUACGAUGACAUGUAUGUCGACGGGAAUUUCAAAGAGCUCAAGUUUGCCGCUUACCAGGCUAAAGGGGGUAAAGUAACCGCUGUUGCGACCAUGCAGCGAGACCCCAUCGUCUCCAAAGCUUCAGAGCUGAUGAGGCUUGACCUGAUGCCGCCUCUGGAAGAGAUUAAGAAAGGCAAGGAUAUCUUGCAAAUUGAGCUGAUCAAUAAGGGCCAGAAAUAAUGCGGCUCCUUGUCCUAUCUGUAUCAAUGAAAGAUCAAACACAGAAAGAUAGGAUGGUAAAGAGUAACAGAUUGAAGGUCAACUAUCAGUAUUUGUGCCUUAUCUGGCCCCUUGUAGCAUUAGUAGUAAUAGUAUCCGCUGAAUUGAUUUCCGAUAUUCAUUGUGGUGGAAAUCCACAGUAUGAACAGAAAGACGACGGCGGCAAAAGGUUCAUCAAUGAAUUUGGAAACAUUUUGGUGGAAGGCUGAGGUAGGGCUAUGUCUUCUCAACUCUAUUAGCUCACGAGUGAUAUUCAAGCUAGGGUUAGUGAGUUGUUGGCGAAAGUAUCAAUCACGUGUGCAGUACUGGCACUUGUAUUAGUAGUAGCACGACUGAUGGUUAUUCGAAUUGAUUCAGAAAUGUGAAUAAAAGCACUUUAUAUACAGUAAAGGGCGGCAUUCACAAUCAUCAUCUUGCAAGUAUACAUAUAUCAAACCCCCUUCAAUUAACUCUCGGGGUUUUAUGCAUUGAAAGAACAGUAUUUAUGCAAACAAUAUG